UGGGUUCACAUCAUUUGUUUAUGUAUGCACCUUGAAUCCCUGAUGUUGAUUCAAAGUUUCGUUCUUUUUUUUUUAGAACAUUAGGUGCUGUUUGUUUAUACUUAAUGUGAAAUGCAAAAGUGUAAGGAUAGGAGUAUAUGGAUCAGUUGCUUUGUAGGGUGAGCCACGUGCGAACGUGUUUGUGGCAAUUGAAGAUGAUGAUAAAGUGGUUGAGAAGCUGUAAUCGUUCGUGCAAGGCGGCUUCAUGCUUCUCCUUCAGGUCUUUAACCAAAGUUUUUAGCUUUUAUGUCUCUCUCUUUCUCACUUCAGUUGUUAUCAUUCAGAUAGGUUUUGCGUGUUAGAUGUUUAUCAUUAAAAUAUAUUUCAUUCUUCUUCUGUGUGGGUGGGUGUGGACGUGGCAUAUGAACAUUGAGGUUCUUACUAAUCUUGUUGUCAUCUGCAUUGUGAUUGAAACCCUAUUUACAGCAAAAUGACUCUUGGAAGUCUGAACUAGCUAGUUUCAAAAAAAAAAAAAGUCUGAACUAGCUGCGUCUUUAUUAAUUAGCAGCAAUUACGCGCAAGCUCAACAGAAGCGGACCACUCCUUAUUGAAGGAUUCUUGAAAUUUGAGGUUUAGUGAUCAUGAAUGGUGGUAAUUCAAGGAAAGAAUCAGAAACAAAGUUUUCAUCGAGCCUUGAGUCUACAAAUCCUCCUCACAGAUCAUCUGCUUCUGAUAACUUACAAAGAUAGAAGAGGUGAUGAAGAUGCAGCUGGAUAGGAAAACUCGGAGCUUGACAUCGUCUUGGAGGAAUGUGAGAGGUGGAACAAAUGAAAAAGAAGAAGGGAAGGAUUGAUUAAGUGGGUUUCUAAUCAAAUGCAGCUUAUAGUCAUAUGUUUUUUGAGUUAUCCUUUUUUGUUUUUGUAACAUGUUUUGGCUGAACUUCUCUUAAGUCUCUUUUAAGAAACUUCGGUUUGUCUGAAAAUAUCGGAUUAGUGUGACUACUAAAGUUGUUUUUGAGAUCACAAUCAAAGGAGGAAACAACAAUCUGUUGUUGUUGCCAGCCUCGUGUUUCGAAAUGGACGAUUACACGAGAGAGAUGAUGGAUCUCAAGACAUUGGUCACUCGAACCCUCGAGAAGAAAGGUGUCCUCGCUAAGAUCCGGGCUGAGCUACGUGCGAGUGUGUUUGAAGCAAUUGAAGAAGAGGAUCGAGUGAUUGCUAACAGCAAAGGCUUGCCUCCAGCUUUGUUAGGAAGCUGCAAUGAUCGUGCUAGGCGUCUUCAUGCUUCUCCUUCAGGCAGGUUGCUGUCUGCUUUGGUAUGCGAAUACUUGGACUGGGCGCAGCUUAACCACACACUCAAAGUUUAUCAGCCUGAAUGUAAUUUGCCAAAAGAUUCAUGGAGGUCUGAGUUACAUGAUUUUAGUAGCAACAGUGGACAUGAGCUCAACAGAAACGGAGAUAGCAAACCACUCCUUCUUGAUGUUCUUGAUGGAUUCUUCAAGUUUGAGGCUAUAGGUGGUGGUGGUGGUAGCUCAAGGAGAGAGUCAGAAACGGAGUCCUCAUCAAGCCUUGACUCAAGAAAUCCUCCUCGUACAUCAUCUGCCUCUGAGAGCCUACCUCCUCAACGAAGGUCAAUAUCUGCAUCGGGCCCUACCUCUGGGUACAGAAAAGAGGAACACAGUUGGAGAUAUGACAGUGAAGAUGGGAGUGAAGAGGUAACGAGAGCUUCAGCAGCGCUGGAAAAUCUGCAGCUAGAUAGGAAAACUAGGAACCUAACAUCAUCUUGGAGGAAUGUGAGGGAUGGAACAAAUGAAGAAGAUGGGAAAGAUUAACAUGGCGGCGUGUGUGUGUGUGUGUGUGUGUGACUCUCUGUGUUUAUUUAUGGCGGCGUUAGAUGUUUGCAACUGUGUUUGCUAUCAUUUUGUUUGUAUUUGUCAAAGUAGUUGUUUGAGAAGGGAUUGGAAGUAAGUUUAUAUUAGCAAAUGAAAUCUGCCCUCCAAGACCAUAAACAUGUCACAAUGUUAAAGAAUUUUUGUUUCUAAGCCUCACUCAAAGCAAAAAAUGAAAAAUUGUACUAUAA